AUGCCCUUGCUCCUCCAUAACUGGAGAGACAUCAUGCAGCACUGGCAGGCCGCUCUCGAUUUUGCAGAUUCCGAAGCACUUCCGAGUCUUCUUGACCUCCUCCAAAAACUCGCACAUGACCUCCGCACAACCCUUUCGCCUCUCUACCCGUCCCUCCUCCACACCCUCCUCUCGUACCUCCCCCGCCCACUCCCCGCAUCCGUGCUCACUUCCCUCCUCGCAACACUGGCCUCUCUCUUCCGCUACCUCCUGAUUCCAUCCAUCCACCUCGACCUUCUGCACCAGACAUGGUUCUCUUUUCACGCUGCCCUUCCCAAAUGUAACCAUGAAGUCCAGCGUGCAGCUGCGGAAGUAUGGGCAUCAGUGUUACGACGGUUGAGAACGAAGGCGAGGGACAGAGUCCUGGCGUUGAUGGCGGCGGAGUUAGACGGGGUUGAGGAUGCUAGUGCAUGGAUAUUGAUUUUUGCCUGCAAGUCUGUCUCGCAGACACUACAUACGACAUCUCCCUCUAUUAUCGUGCCCAUCUUCGACCAUUAUCUCUCCUCCGCUACUCCCCCAUCUACGUCUUCAAACCCUGAAGGACCUGCUCUACAACCUCCUCAGACGAACGCUUACUGCUCUCAUACAUCACUGUGCCGGUCCGGAACAGUUCUCGCCGAUCGCAGAUUGUCCUGGUAA